AUCUUUAGCAGUAGAAAGAGGUAGUUCCCACAAAUCAAGUCGUUGCACAGCUUAUUAUCUGAGCACUUAGACUUUUGCUUAUCGGUAGUAAUAAAAAGUAAAGAUAUUCCACCAAUCAAAUUAUUAGCUAACUACAGCGAAGUGCAGAGGGCAGACAAUAAUUAAACAAUACGAAAAUGGCGAAUGCUCAAAAUAACGGAAGAACGGGACAAAGUAAUGAACGCAGCAUCCGUGAGGCGCAGCAGUUAUUUGCCGAGACCCUUUGCUUUGACAAUAAAAUCACAUGGGAUCUCACACCAGAAAACCAACCUGAUACUUUGAAGCUCAAAAUAGAUAAUAUUACUAAAGAUCCGGAAGUGCGCGAAGCUAUGUUUAAUAGCGUUUGGGAGCAGCGUAAAUACACCAAUAGACAAUCGUUGACAUCACUCAUUUUUGUAAUGGUUGCCAUCGAUAAAACAGAAGAAGAACUGGAUAUGGCUGCGGAAUCCAGAUCCAAUUGGUCAUGCCAUCCCGUAUACCGUACCCGCCGUUGCACUUAUAGUAACAGUAGCUCCAAUUGCUGCAUGAUCUUUGUGGACGAAAAUGGGCGCGUCUAUCAGAACUGGGACGCAUACUUGGCCAACAAUCAGUUACCCGCUGGCAUAAUGGUUGCACCAGCACGUGGCAUUUACACUCUGAUCGACGGCAUCGUGCUGCUGGAGAACCGCUUGACGCCAGCGGCGUCGCCCCGGCGUAAAGCACUUCAAAAGCUGGAUGGUGUAAUAGGAGUUGGAGGAGCUUUGGCAUGCACUCUGCUAGCGCUGCCUGUUGCCGCACCCAUUAUAGCUGCGGCUGGUGUUGUGAGUGUCAGCUGUGUAAGCUAUGCGACAGCACGUUCCAGUGUCAAUCUGGUCAAUCGCAGCAUCCAUGAGCAGUCCAUCAGUGUGACGAAUCGUUCGGCACGCAAAGACUGGUUUGCCGUCGUCGGAGGCACUGUUGCACUUGGCGUAACUGUUGCUAAUCGCGUAUUGGCACGGGUCGCAAAAUCAGAAUGUGAAGUUAACACGUUCAAUGAACACGCUGUUAAUGGCUUCAACAUUUCAUGCAUUAUUAUAUCAGGGGCUGGUCUCGCUAACGUCGCCUUCGAUUUGUAUCUGAAAAAGCGAGAUGAUGCUGCUAUAUCUGCCAUGGAUGUCCUACAGUUAUCCGCUUCGCUGGUGGUAUUCACACACAGCGUGUACAAUUUUAAGCUUGCGUCAACCAUUAUCAGAGAAAGCCGCAAUCAAGACUCUUUUCACGUGCCUCUUCAAAAUCGUCAACGGAGCACGUAUGAACAACUGUCCACGGUGACAACAGGCAAUGGGGGCGCGAACAGAGGCGAAGCGGACAUUAUUCGCAACGUGAAUGGCUCUCCACAAGAGUUGACCGAUCCCACCAUAUGGGAAAAUUACGGGCGACUUGCGAUUAAUGGAUUAAAGGUCGCGCUCACCUAUUACGGGCCUCUUGUUAAGGAUCGUAUCAUUGAUAGCGAUAACAUUGACAAUGUGCUAUCCUAUUUGCAUCAGAAAAUCCCAGUCGAUUUGCAGAAAUUUGUACUGAAAUUGGCAAACAGGUUCGUGAAGUUCUAUGUGAAGCAAAUAGAAACUAUGGUACAGUUCUAUAUAUCCACCGAAUCGGUGAUAUAUACAAUUAUUUCACAGUUAUUGAAUAAAUAUGCGGGUUGCGCUCUACAGCAGUUGGAAGAGCAGAGUUCGGAAAUAUUGAACAAUAUUAAGAAAUAUUAUUGGUCACAAAAUCCAACUUGUUUCACAUCAAAGAUCAUAAAGUGUGAAGUCUGCGGUGGUCAGUAUAACUAUUGCGAUUUAUAGAUCGGGCACAAAGGAAUAAUGAACACAAAAUAAUGUUUAAAUAAAUAAUUAAAUAAUCAUUUCUGUAUAAUCUAUUUUUGUAUAAAAUAAAAACUUAUAUCAAUACACGAACGCCAAUCUAAACACACACAAA